CCGGAGCCAUGUCCGGCGGCCACGCGUAACCGCAGAGCCGAGUCGGACCAGACCCCGUGCGCAGUCCACCUCCCCAGCCGAGCUUUCCCUGCACACGGCUCCCUCGGCCCCCCCGCCAGCUCCUUGCAGCCAUGCCCCGAGCGACUACACUUGGGGCCCUGGUGCCACUGCUGCUGCUGCUGCCGCCGCUUUCCCGCGAGGCCGGGGGGCUCAGGGAGCGCUCUGACGCCGCGUCGUACUACUCGGCGCUGGAGGGCGAGGAGGGCGCGGAGCAGCAACUGGAGCUUUACCACGACCCGUGCAAAGCUGUGGUAUUUUGGGGAGACAUUGCCUUAGAUGAAGAUGACCUGAAGUUAUUUCACAUUGACAAGGCCAGAGACUGGACCAAGCAGCCAAUGGAGGAGAUGGGGCAUAACACAGGUGGGCUUGAAGAACAGCCAACUGAGAGCUGGUCAAACACGACAGCCGGGAAUAUGAGCAGUGAGGAAGCCAGAAGGGAUGGCCAGGACGGUGCCAUGCUUCCACGGAACUCCGGGGAGAGGCACCCGAGGACCUGGAAUUCUGGAGCUGAGACUUCGUCCCGGGUCCGAAGAGCCACAACCUCAAGGACAGAGAGGAUCUGGCCUGGAGGGGUCAUCCCCUAUGUCAUCGGAGGGAACUUCACCGGAAGCCAGCGAACCAUUUUUAAACAAGCUAUGAGACACUGGGAGAAGCAUACCUGUGUGACCUUCAUAGAGAGGACCGACGAGGAAAGCUUUAUUGUGUUCAGUUACAGAACCUGCGGCUGCUGCUCCUACGUUGGGCGCCGAGGAGGAGGACCACAGGCCAUAUCCAUUGGGAAAAACUGUGACAAGUUUGGCAUUGUGACUCACGAACUGGGCCACGUGGUUGGGUUCUGGCAUGAACACACGCGGCCAGACAGGGAUCAGCAUGUCACCAUCAUCAGAGAAAACAUCCAGCCAGGUCAGGAGUAUAAUUUCUUAAAAAUGGAAGCUGGGGAAGUGAGCUCUCUGGGAGAGACGUACGACUUUGACAGCAUCAUGCACUACGCCAGGAACACCUUCUCAAGGGGAGUUUUCCUAGACACCAUCCUCCCCCGCCGAGACGACAAUGGCGUCAGGCCAAGCAUUGGCCAGCGCGUGCGGCUCAGCCAGGGAGACAUAGCUCAAGCCAGGAAGCUGUACAAAUGCCCAGUGUGUGGGGAGACUCUGCAGGACACCACAGGAAACUUCUCAGCACCUGGUUUCCCAAACGGCUACCCUUCAUAUUCCCACUGUGUCUGGAGGAUAUCCGUCACUCCAGGGGAAAAGAUCAUCCUAAACUUCACAUCCAUUGAUUUGUUUAAGAGCCGCCUGUGCUGGUACGAUUACGUGGAGGUCCGAGACGGCUAUUGGAGGAAAGCCCCCCUCUUGGGCAGGUUUUGUGGCGACAAAGUCCCGGAGCCUCUCAUCUCCACAGACAGCCGACUCUGGGUAGAGUUCCGCAGCAGCAGCAACAUCCUGGGCAAGGGUUUCUUUGCGGUGUAUGAAGCUACUUGUGGGGGCGACAUCAACAAAGACGCCGGGCAGAUUCAAUCGCCCAACUACCCCGAUGACUACCGACCUUCCAAGGAGUGUGUUUGGAGGAUUACAGUUUCAGAGGGGUUUCAUGUGGGGCUUACCUUCCAAGCUUUUGAGAUUGAAAGGCAUGACAGCUGUGCAUAUGACUACUUGGAAAUCCGUGAUGGCCCCACAGAAGAAAGUCCCCUGAUUGGCCACUUUUGUGGCUAUGAGAAACCGGAGGAUGUAAAAUCGAGCUCCAACAGAAUGUGGAUGAAGUUUGUGUCUGAUGGCUCUAUCAAUAAAGGAGGCUUUGCUGCCAGUUUUUUCAAGGAGGUGGACGAGUGCUCCUGGCUGGAUCACGGUGGGUGUGAGCAGCGCUGCGUGAACACGCUGGGCAGCUACAAGUGCAUGUGUGAUCCUGGCUACGAGCUGGCCCCCGACAGGAAGACGUGUGAAGUGGCCUGUGGUGGCUUCAUUACCCAGCUGAACGGAACCAUCACCAGCCCUGGGUGGCCGAGGGAAUAUCCCACAAACAAAAACUGUGUCUGGCAAGUGGUGGCUCCUGUUCAAUAUCGCAUCUCCCUGCAGUUUGAAGCAUUUGAACUGGAAGGCAACGAGGUCUGUAAGUACGACUUUGUGGAGGUGCGCAGUGGCCUGUCCCCCGACUCCUGGCUUCAUGGCAAGUUCUGUGGCUCCGAGAGGCCCGAGGUCAUCACCUCGCAGAGCAACAACAUGCGUGUGGAGUUCAAGUCGGACAACACGGUCUCCAAGCAUGGUUUCAGGGCCCACUUUUUCUCAGACAAGGACGAGUGUGCCAAGGACAACGGCGGGUGCCAGCACGAGUGUGUCAACACGUUCGGGAGCUACCUGUGCCGGUGCAGAAACGGCUACCAGCCCCACGAGAACAGGCACGACUGUAAAGAGGCUGGUUGUGAGCACAAGAUCAGCAGCGUGGAGGGAACCCUGGCAAGCCCCAACUGGCCUGACAAAUACCCCAGCCGGAGGGAGUGCACCUGGAACAUCUCCUCAACCGCAGGCCACAGGGUGAAACUCACCUUCACCGAGUUUGAGGUUGAGCAGCACCAGGAAUGUACCUAUGACCACCUGGAAGUGUUCGAUGGCCCCGACAGCCUGGCCCCCGUCCUUGGCCGUUUCUGCGGCAGCAAGAAGCCAGAGCCCGUGGUGGCGUCGAGCAGCAGCCUGUUUCUCAGGUUUCAUUCAGACGCCUCGGUGCAGAGGAAGGGCUUCCAGGCCGUGCACAGCACAGAGUGCGGGGGCAGGCUGAAAGCUGAAGUGCAGACCAGAGAGCUCUAUUCCCAUGCUCAGUUUGGGGACAACAACUACCCGAGCCAGGCCCGCUGCGACUGGGUGAUUGUGGCCGAGGACGGCUACGGUGUGGAGCUGAUGUUCCGGACCUUUGAGGUGGAGGAGGAGGCCGACUGCGGCUAUGACUACAUGGAGGCCUAUGACGGCUACGACAGCACAGCUCCCAGGCUCGGCCGCUUCUGCGGCUCCGGGCCAGUGGAAGAAAUCUACUCUGCAGGGGAUUCCCUGAUGAUUCGGUUCCACACAGACGACACCAUCAACAAGAAAGGCUUUCAUGCCCAAUAUGCCAGUACCAAGUUCCAGGAUGCCCUGCACAUGAAGAAAUAGCCACUGUUCUUGGAAGAUGCAAAACUGAGAAUGUUUUUACAACUAUAGCACCUUGUGACUCUGCCCUAAAACAGUGUACAGUAUUUUUCGCAAACAA